AUGUCGGAUCGCCAGGAUGUGUUCAUGUGGCCCACUUGCGUUGAGGGCCACGCCGUCCAUAGAGGCUGUGUAGAUCCGCGAUCUAUUGCAGCAUCUUCAUGUCCCAUUUGUCAAGCAGUGGCUCCCAGUAUUCUUGUACGACAAGUAGAGCAUCAAGAAGAACGCACGCCCGAACCCGAUCGUUGUUCGAUAUGUCUUGAAAAUUGGGGUGAUGAAGAUGCUCGGAUAACAUGGCCAAGUUGCACCCACUUCUUCCAUAAAAGCUGCUUGGAACGAUGGCGACAAUCCAGUGUUGCCUGUCCCCUUUGCCGAGAAGUCGAUCAAACCUUACUGGAGAACCGGGCAGCUAGUGAAGCAACAGAACAACAGAUAACGUAUAACACAAUCUUUGCGCCUCUUAGAGAUGAGUUCCUGCGUCGAUUGGCGGAGGACAGAGCCCCUGCAAAUGCACGCGAAGCGGAAGAGGUUGCUCAUCUGAGGAAUUUCUUUCAAAGAGAAGAUGCACGUUAUCGAAAUUGA